AUGUUUGGAACCAACCCCAUGGAGCAGGAGUGUUGCCAGUAUGAUGAACAAAGUAUGCUUGAUGAUCUGGUUGGACCAAUGAACUUUGUUGAACUUGAGGGCGGAAUUGAGGCGACACAGCCCACUGUUGUUGUGGGGCUGACUGGAAUGAUUGUGGAACAGGAGAUGAAAAUUGAUCUUGUUCAUCGAUACCCAUCGGAAGUAGGUGAUUUAUGCUUGAGGCUAUAUAGUUCUUUUGUUGUGUAG